GCUUCCACAUUGCACAAGAGACUCAAAUCCGGCGGGUCCCAUCGCGAUUACUGUUGCGCGCCUUCUCAUUGUUUUGAUUGUUCACGUUUGCUUGGCGUUAUCAUAUGGUCCUACCAACAGUGUACCAAGUGUCAAAGAUGGAGAUAAAGGAGCCACCUCGUGGAGAGCGUGUGAAGAUAAAUGUUGGCGGCCUUGUCUAUGAGACGUCUCUUUCGACACUUACAAGAGUGAGCGGCAGCGUCCUCGCAAUUAUGGUUCGUCGUCGUCAAGGACAGGAAGAGCUGUUCGUUGAUAGGGAUGCGACACAUUUCGAUGAAGUACUGGAUUACCUGAGAGACGGCCAAAGUUACACCGCUCCUGAAGAUGAUGAAAUUCGAGAAAGUCUCCGAAGGGAAGCUAUGUUUUACAAUCUGCCUGGCCUUGUGAAGAAGUGUUCGGAUGAGAUCUUUGUUGGAGACUGGGUAAAGUGGAAGAGGAACGCCAUCGACAAAUAUUGGAAGUUCUUUAUCAGGUAUCAGCGUCAAGGAAACAGACAGACAAAAUGCAUGGCCUGCGGAUCCAGCGUGUCCGGAUAUGUGGGACCCUCUAUCAGUAAUGAAGUCACGACCCACGCAGGAACUGCGAUGAACACGAACAAAAUGUUGCUGAUAAAAGAGGAGGAAGACUGGACGCCUUUACUGCGUCACAUGCGCUUUAUGAAAGGAUCUGUAAUUGAGGUUGAUAGCUCUUGCUGCCGUGUGAAAUGGGGCCGUAACCUGGAAACACAUCUCCCUCGAUCCGUGCUACCCUAUGCUAAGGUCUACAAUCGUCUUUUCGAGGAUUUGCUAGGAAAGUAUAAUCGUCUCGUACGACCUGCUGUUGAUCCAAAUGACACAAUCCAUAUAGAGUUCAAGCUAAAACUAAGCCAAAUAGUCGAUAUUCAUGCGAAGGAUCAAACUUUGACUGCCAAUGGAUGGCUAAUACAUCAUUGGUAUGAUCAUAGACUUUCAUGGAAUCCAGAAGAAUAUGGUGGAGUGAGGCACUUUCAUUUACCUGGCGAAAUGAUUUGGUUGCCAGACAUCAUCCUUUACAAUAAUGCACAUGGUAGCCCUUGGGUGUCAGCGAUUACGAAAGCCGAAGUCUAUCACGAUGGCAGAGUGACGUGGAUACCACCUGUGGUCUAUCAUUCAUUCUGCCCUAUUAACAUCGAGUGGUAUCCGUACGACAUACAGCAAUGUGAGCUCAAAUUCGGUAGUUGGACCUACAGCGGUACACAGCUAGAUUUGAUGCAUCUGUUAUCUGAUGACGUCCACUACGUUAUACGUAAUAAUGAAAGCGAAUGGGAUGUAGAGAGGGGUGUAGAUGUUUCCGCUUAUCAAGAAUCAGUGGAAUGGGAUUUGCUGUCGGUACUGAGCACUCGUCAUGAGAAAUGGUAUCCCUGCUGCGAUUAUCCAUCUAUCGAUAUAACCUACUAUGUUCAAAUUCGACGAAAGAAGCUCUUCUACACAGUCAAUCUCAUUGUGCCAUGCGCUUCUCUGGCUGCCCUCACUUCAUGGGUAUUCUACCUUCCUUGUGAAAGCCAUCAAAAAGUGCAGCUUUGCAUCUCCAUUCUUGUCUCUCUCACUGUGUUCUUUCUGCUUUUGGUCGAGAUUAUUCCACCUACGAGCAUUGCCAUUCCGCUAAUUGUCAAAUAUUUGACUUUUACUAUGUUUAUGGUCUCCUUAUCUGUUAUUCUGACUGUCAUCGUACAAAAUUUCCACUUCCGCACAGCGGAUUUUCCAAUCUCGGAUUGGGUACGUCGCAUCAUCAUCGAAAAAUUAGGCAGACGGCUGCUCAUCUCGAGAGCCACCGAAAAAGCUAAUUUUCAUAGAAAAGCUCAGCAUAACAAACAAAUCAACGCCCUGUCAGCUAUGUCAAUUCUUCAAAAACAAUUUCACAAGACAGUCUUUGAGAUAGAAAUGGCAACGAAAGAGAAGAAGCAAAUGAGCACCGUGAACUCACUUUUCCUCGAUUUGCCACUCCUGAAUCGCUCUAAAAGCGUGAAACAAGGCUCGCUGAAACGAACAAUGACAGAGAAGCCACUCCGCAAGCAGAGUACACAUGCGAGUCCUACAAGGCGACAAGAACCAGACAAUGAAACUGGAACCCGGGUAAGAAACCAGCUGAAACGAGCAGAGCGAAACGUUCAAUACAUCGCCCAAACUUUAACUGAGAGGCGAAAAGCUGAAGAGAAUGAAGCCGACUGGCAGUUCAUCUCGAUGGUUAUCGACAGGAUACUGCUUAUCAUAUUUGCGAUUUCCAUAUCAGUUGGAACCCUGCUUACGAUCGUAUCUGCACCAUCUAUAACUGACACCAGAGAACCGAUCACGACUACAUAUCACUGA